ACGUAAAUGGCAAACUGCCAUUAAUUGGCUCCGAUCUGCUGUCAAUCGAUCCGGAUCGAUGAUGUUCACAAGCUUCACGGACUGCGUUUGCGCUCAUAUGCGUACGGCAUUCGCGUUGGAACUACAGGAAGCCGGUCAAUUGACAAUAUGCGACGAAAGAGCUGCCGGCGUUGCAGACUGUCGGAAUAUGAGGCGGUAAAAACUUCAAAGAUCGAUGGUGACAGCGCUUCCAUGCGCCGUCCCACUUCGUUGGCGUCAGAACUGCUCCAGACUCAGCAGUGCUAGCUCCUCUAUAGGCCCGACAUUCCGCUGUCAGUUCCGCAAUUCGGAAUACCUAUUGAAACGGCUGAUCGCAAUCAACUUUGGGGCCGAGUUCGCGAACAAGAGUUGCUUUAGAUAGACCACGAUGUUCCAUCGAACUCAACAUGCAUCCGUAUAACAACGGAAACAUCCCUCCGGUCGAUCCCAACGCCUACGACGAUGGGAACAUACCUCCGGUCAAUCCCAACCCCUAUGGCAGCGGGCCUGGAUACGUGCCAAGGGCGCAGCCUAUUGCACCACAAUACUUGACUCCACAAUCCACGGCGAAUGGCUAUUCUAAUGCUCCGCAUCAACCAAACGUUUCAGCUACUGGUGACAACGGACCCUUUUUCCAAGCGUAUGAAUUUGGGCCUAUCUCCUACGACGCGAUGAUCCCACAGUACGUCCAUGGAUACGAUCUGCACUGCAACUGGGACGGCGGUUCUUGCGGCGUCGCAUUAGACGAUCUUUCGCCAGCGGGUAUUUCGCGGCAUCUGAAAAGCCACCAUUUCGGCGAUGAUUGGCAGCCGAGGGCCCGCGGACUUUGCCGCUGGGGCACUGGCUGCCGUAGAGACGAGAUGAACUUCGAGAGCAUGGGGAAGCAUGUGGCGCAGGUUCACCUGGGAACCACGAGAAAGCAAUGCUCUCGUUGCGGAGGGAUGUUUGCUAGGAACGAUGCUUUGCUUCGCCAUCAACGCGAGCACUGCGAACUUGGACUGUAGGGCUUUCUAAUUUCAUCAUUGCGUACUGAAGUGCCGCGGAUGUCCAACACUCACCAAAUCCCCGUUUUCUCCUUGUAAAUGGGGUUCUGUCCCCUUCCUCCAUUUAUCUUGCUUCUUGCGUAUCCCUGUACCCACGCUAGACAGUCUAGCACGCGUCUUCUUAGAUCUCAUUCCCGUUGCUUCAGUGCAUGUAGCCAUAGCCUUUAGCUGUUUUUUGUCAACCUACCGUGACGAGUGUCCGAGUCGUGCGCAUCUUUUGCUUUAUCAGCCUUACUCAAUGUCGAUCCGAGUCUGGCGUUGCGGAGAUCGGACUGUAGCCGGCUGAACCUCUAUUGCGUCCCACGUCAAUGUCAAAUAGUAGAUACGUACUGAAUCGCGUGCAACAAUGUAUGUGUGCCUCCGGCUGGACCCACGA